AAUUUGGGGUCUCCUCCUUCCUAUCACCUUGGGUGACGAUAUCUAUAAACCUACCAUACACGUAGUUUCUUCCUUGUUUUUUUAUAAAAAAAGAUGUUUACCAGAGCAUGGAGAAUCUCACAGUAACAAGGAAGGAAGAAGAAACAUUCUUGAAAGAAAUAAUAAAAGAAAGAAAUACAGAAGGAGCCAAUUAUUAAUUAGAUAUUAAAAAGAGUAAUAUAAGAUUUUCACGGAGCAAAAAAAAAAAGAAAUUUUUUUCCUGAUGAGAUAAGAAAAUCCUAAGAAGCUUUUAGUAUUAAAUCUUGGUUGGUCCAUGCAGUGCAGGCAAAACCAGAGGAGAGAGAAAGUACAUAUGUGUUGGUUUUGAGUUUACAGCUCGUGGAAAGAGAGAGUGAAAAAGAGAGGCUGUUUUUGUCAGGUUUGGCCUUUAGGUGGGUGCUUGUGAUAUCUUUGCCUCGUUGUCUCUGAGUAGUUGGCCAUUAACUUGUCCUUUUGAUGGACUCACCAAGGAGGGAACAUUUUAGCAAAUAAAGGAUAGAAAUUGACAAGGAAUGAAUGCUCAUGCAAGCGUUGAUUCAGAUUCUUAUGAGAUUGUUGAAGUUGAUCCUACGGGGAGAUAUGGAAGAUACAAUGAAAUUCUAGGCAAAGGAGCUUCAAAGACAGUUUAUAAAGCCUUUGAUGAGUACGAAGGAAUUGAGGUAGCUUGGAAUCAGGUGAAGCUUUAUGAUUUCCUUCGCAGCCCUGAGGAUCUUGAAAGGCUCUACUGUGAAAUUCACCUACUCAAGACCUUAAAACAUGAAAAUAUCAUGAAAUUCUACACUUCUUGGGUUGAUGCAGCUAACAGAAACAUCAACUUUGUCACUGAGAUGUUCACCUCUGGUACUCUCAGACAGUAUAGGCUAAAACACAGGAGAGUAAAUAUUAGAGCUGUGAAGCAUUGGUGUAGGCAGAUAUUGAAAGGGCUUCUCUAUCUCCAUAGCCAUAAUCCCCCUGUAAUCCACAGAGAUCUCAAGUGUGAUAACAUUUUUGUUAACGGCAACCAAGGAGAAGUGAAAAUUGGUGAUCUUGGCCUUGCUGCAAUACUUAAGAAAUCUUACGCUGCUCGUUGUGUUGGAACGCCAGAGUUCAUGGCUCCAGAGGUAUAUGAAGAGGAAUACAAUGAAUUAGUUGACAUAUAUUCUUUUGGGAUGUGUGUAUUGGAAAUGGUCACCUUUGAAUAUCCAUAUAGUGAAUGCAACCACCCUGCUCAGAUAUACAAGAAAGUUAUAUCAGGGAAAAAACCAGAUGCUUUAUACAAAGUCAAGGAUCCUGAGGUGCGCCAAUUUGUUGAGAAAUGCCUAGCAACUGUUUCCAAUAGACUUUCUGCCAGGGAGCUCUUGGAGGACCCAUUUCUUCAAUUUGAUGAUUAUGGAUCUAAUGCAAGGCCAUUAGAGUACUCAGGAGAUACAAAUGAAAUGGGUGCUUCAGUAAGACAACCUUUCUAUGGAAUUAAUCACACUAACCGCUCUUUAAUUAAUGGUUAUACACACUAUUAUGGUUCUCAAAAUGAACUAGAAUAUCAUCAAAUUGAGUUAGAACCAAGCGAAAUUGAUCUAUUCUCUUGUCAAGAAGAUGAACAUUUGCAUGGUGUUGAUAUAACAAUCAAAGGCAGGAGGAGAGAGGAUAAUGGCAUUUUCUUGAGGCUUAGAAUUGCAGACAAAGAAGGUCGCAUUCGGAACAUCUACUUCCCGUUUGACAUUGAGAAUGACACUGCUCUUAGUGUUGCGGCUGAAAUGGUUUCUGAGCUUGGCAUUACUGAUCAAGAUGUGUAUAAGAUAGCAGAUAUGAUUGAUGGUGAAAUUGCAACCUUGGUACCUGAAUGGAACAGGGGACAAGAGAAAGAGGAAAGUGCAAAUAGCAGAAAUGCAACUUUCUGUCACAAUUGUGGAUCACACAGCUACCUAUUGGAUUAUGUGUCAUCAUAUAGUCCAGGUGCCAAUAACUUGCAAGUUAUUCAGUGUUCUAGGCAGGGAUGUGCUAAUUCACAUGGUCGAUUUGAGGAAAUCACAUACCAAGUUGAUGGACCAGGAAAAUGUUCCAGUACAGACUGUGCACCAGUUGGAUCUAGCCAAUCCAAUGGCAUGAGCUAUACAGAUAUCUGGGCUCAACGAGACGCACCAGAAUUAAGUUCACAAGGAUCAAGGGAGAUUCAGUGUGACGUGGGACACAAUGCAGUCGAACAAUCAACUGUUGAGAAGGAAGAGACAAUCAUAAACAUGGAUAGUAUUUGGGAAUCAAAUACUAGAAAUUGUGUUUCUUCAAGCCCUUCAGCAGCAUGUAAUCACUGGGAUGAUUAUGAGAAUGAAAUUAGGCAAGAACUAAGAUGGCUUAAAGCUAAAUAUCAGAUGCAAUUAAGGGAGCUUAAAGAUCAACAGUUGAAUGUUAAAUCAAAAUUGUCGAGCCUAGAUCAUCAAAUGGAUCACAACGAAAAUAAUGGUAUUCCUUUGCCUUCAAUUUUGCCUAAGGUGAGGAGAGAUAAAUAUAAACCUUCUCUGAAUUCUGUUCCUUCUGGCAAGCAUCUUAUCUCAGAGUUAGCUAUUGAUGCUGAGAAGAGAUAUGCCAAUUCAGAAUAUCAACUGAUCCAAAACUUUGAGGCAAACAGCAACGCAUAUAGUCCUGAACAAAUGAUUACUGCUAAGAGUUUCUACACGGGAGAUUUGCUUCCAAAUUCUCUUCACAGGGCAACUUCUCUUCCGGUCGAUCCUCUAGAUGUUUAGAUACUGCAUAGUAACUACUCACUUCACCAAGUGUGCACUAUAACUUACUCCUGAUCAUCAAUAGGAUGCAAAAAAAGAGGCAAUGAAAUUAGCUGUACAAGAAGAGACGUAGUUUUUACAACUUUUUACAGUUUUUGUUUGCAUGUGGGAUAAGUUCACUUGGGCAUACAUCCAAUGUACAUUAUAAAUCAACAUCCAACUGAACAUGUUUCUUUCCUCAAAUUCUGCAUCUUUAAAUUUGUAAAUUGCUAAUGCCCAUCAUGAACUUUUUAUAUCCCAAUCCUAGCUGGCCAGCAGAUUCAAGUUCAUGUCAAUCUGUGUGUUAUGGCUGUAUUCUCCUCUUUUUACACUGUAAAAGCUCUAAUGCCACUAAAGUUCUGCAA